AUGGGCAUGACUGCUGCGCUGAUCGCUCUCUAUCUGGGAGACAACCCGUACUCCUCUAACCUGAUCCCGGACAUGCUGCGAACUCUCGAGAUCCGGAUGCUUGGACUUCUGGAGGAAGUAGCCGAGCUAACGACCGAAGCUCAGAUGGAUGGAUGGAUCGAAUGCCGGACUUUCCACGCCAUUGACUAA